CACCGGAAGCACAGUUGCUCACGCUGUCCGCGCUUCUGGAACACCACCGCGCAAGCGAAGAAGAAUGGCCACGCGGCCACUCGUCUCCGCCCUCCCCGUCUCCAAAACCCCUCACGCCCCCUCCCCCCACUCCCCACCUCCCCUCCUCCGCCGCCUCCAAACCCUAACCCGCGCGCUCGCCGCCUCCUCGUCUCCCCAGGCCAUGGCGUCGUCCCCUGCCCCCAAGAAGGUGCUGGUGCCGAUCGCCAACGGGACGGAGCCCAUGGAGGCAAUCAUCACCAUCGAUGUGCUCCGCCGCGCGGGCGCCGACGUCGCCGUCGCCUCCGUCGAGCCCGGGGCAGCAACCGUCGCCGCAUCGUGGGGAGUCAAGCUCGCGGCCGACGCGCUCCUCGCGGACCUCGCCGACGCCGAGUUCGACCUCAUCUCGCUCCCCGGAGGGAUGCCUGGGUCUUCCACUUUUAGAAACUGUAAAGUUUUGGAGAACAUGGUUAAAAAGCAUGUAGAGAAGGGUAGACUUUAUGCUGCAAUGUGUGCUGCACCAGCCAUGGCUCUUGGAACUUGGGGUUUGCUUAAUGGCUUGAAGGCAACAUGUUAUCCUUCAUUCAUGGAUAAACUUCCUUCAGAGGUGCAAGCUGUGGAAUCAAGGGUGCAGAUUGAUGGGAAGUGUGUGACCAGUCGUGGACCAGGAACGGCCAUGGAGUAUUCUGUUGUUUUGGUGGAACAACUAUAUGGGAAGGAAAAGGCUGAAGAAGUUGCUGGGCCGAUGGUUAUGCGCCCUCAGCAUGGUGUGGAAUUCUCAAUAAAAGAGCUUAAUUCAACUAGCUGGAAUGUUGGUGAAACACCUCAUAUCCUUGUACCGAUUGCUAAUGGGACAGAGGAGAUGGAGGCAACUAUGAUCAUUGAUAUUCUGCGAAGGGCGAAAGCAAAUGUUGUGGUUGCCUCCUUGGAAGACAAUUUGGAGAUUGUUGCAUCCAGGAAGGUGAAGAUGAUUGCUGAUGUGCUGUUGGAUGAUGCUCUUAAACAGCAAUCUGAUCUCAUUCUGUUACCUGGUGGUCUGGGUGGUGCCGAAGCUUAUGCAAAAUCUGAUAAACUAAUUGCGUUGAUCAAGAAGCAAGCUGAGGCAAAUAAAUUGUAUGGAGCUAUAUGUGCCUCUCCUGCAAUUGCCCUUGAACCACAUGGCCUGUUAAAGGGAAAGAAGGCUACGUCCUAUCCUGCUAUGUGGAACAAACUUGCAGACCAAAGCGAAUGCAACAACAGAGUUGUCAUUGAUGGCAACCUGAUCACCAGCCAAGGUCCUGGCACUUCCAUGGAAUUCUCGCUUGCCAUUGUGGAGAAACUCUUUGGGCGUGAGAGAGCACUUGAGCUCGCCAAGACCAUGGUCUUCAUAUGAGUUCUCUUGGUACGUAUUUAGGUUGAAUGGAGUAUGAUGAACCGAUUGUGAAUAUGAUGCAUGCUAUGUUCUUUUCUUCUGUGGAGUGUGCUACUUUUUUUACUACAAUAACAUGACACCUUGUAAUGGAUUAAAUGCAAUAAACGGCUUGAGGUGGAAGUUUUGCGUA